CCCACUUCCUCAUAUUGCAGCUCUAGAGGUUUGUCUCUCCGCCCCUUUCUUUGUGAUAGACAUUAUAUUUGACGAGUAUAUUCGAACGACGAGUAACUCCUUAAUUUGACAGACACAGCCGUGGACCAAUCAGUGAUCUACUGGUGCUGCCCUCUAACAGACCGAAAGCUACACGAGCAAGUCCUACUUUGUUUAUGUCACGUAGCUAGCUAGCUACAUAGCUUGCUAACUGACAGCUUCAAGAGUGCUGUUUUCUUACGAACGUUAGCUACACCGAUGCAUACAUUUCUGCCGUAGAAGGUAAAUCUAGAUGUACAGGAUCUGGGUUUGAUCGGUGGCAGGGAUGAGAUGUUUUGUUGAAUGAAGGAGCGAACGCCCUGGUGCCGAUAGGAGAAUGAACUCCAUCACCAGUCGGGAUCACUCUGUCAACUCUGGAGCCUCAUCUUCUCGAGCAUUGCACGUUGAGCUCACAUCUCAGCAGAGGCGGUUACGUCAUCUCAGAAGCAUUGCAGCCCGCAACAUUGUCAACAAGAAUGGCUCUCCACUACUGGACACAUAUUUUUCCCUUCAUCUCUGCUUAGAGGACCGGAUAUCCAGAGACUUUUACAAGAGUGAGGUCAUCCGAGAUUCAUUGAAUCCAACAUGGCGGAGCCUGGAUUUUGGCAUGCUGCCAGACCUCCUGGACACGUCUGUGUCCUGCUUCGUGGUGAAGAUCUGGGGRGGCCGAGAGGAACAGUUCACACUUCUCAUAGAGUGGAAGGUCAACCUGGACGGGCUUAGAUACACAGGGCAACAGAUCCGCUCCAGGAAUCCAAAUGAGAUCAUAUUUGGAUUGAAUGAUGGCUACUAUGCAGCUGACUUUGAUCAUAAGGACCACUCUGAGAGGAAGAAGAACAGUUUACUCCAGGUGGACCAGAGUUCAGUGAGGAACUCCUACAGUGUCUUCUCUCUGCUGAGGCUCCACACGGCCCAGAGAGCCAUCAAGCAGACCCAGGUGACCGUGCAGAAGAUCGGCAAGGAGAUUGAGGAGAAACUGAGGACGACAACAGCCUGCACCAAGCGUAAGAAGGAGCGGGAGUGUAUGCAGCUGCGUCUGGGGACGCUACGCAGUGAGCUGGAGAGACAGAGGAAAGCGCUGGGCCGGGAGACAGACCUGCGGCAGAAGGAGAGAGCACUGCUUCAGAAGAAAGAGGAAGCAUUCUCCACCAAACACAGGAGUCUGGAGAUGGAGAGGGAGUCGUUAACAGAGCAGCAGAAAGAAUGCACUGCCAAAAGGGAGCUGUUCCUCAAGUCCAAUGCUCAGCUCACCUUCCGCUGUCGUCAGCUCCUCUCUGAGCUGUCCUACAUCUACCCCAUCGACGUGGUCACCACAGCCGCUAAUCAGUCCGAUUAUGUCAUCUGUGGAGUGAAGCUGCCCAACUCGGAGGAUUUCCAAGCGUUGKGUGGCUUCCCAUCCCCUGUGGAGGUGUGCGGCUGCUUCGCGCUUCGGGGGUGGUGGAAAUCUACGAAGGAUGAUGGGAGCGUGGCGGUUGCCCUGGGUUACACGGCCCACCUGGUGCUGAUGAUCAGCUGCUUCUUGCAGAUCCCUCUCAGGUAUCCUGUCAUCCACAAGGGUUCCCGCUCCUCCAUCAAGGACACCAUCACAGACAAGCUCAGCGAGAAGGAGAGAGAAUUCCCCCUGUACCCUCGAGGAGAACGCUUUCAGUUUGAAUAUGGAGUCUACCUGAUCAACAAGAACAUCGCCCAGCUGAGAUACCAGCAUGGCCUGUCCACUCCAGARCUCCGUCAGACCCUGCCCAACCUCAAGAACUUCCUGGAGCACGGCCUUCUAGUCCGAUGUGACCGGCACCAUGUCUCCAGCUCCAUCCCGGUCCCGACAGGAGCCAAGUCUCAGCUCAGUGUCUCGGCUGCGUCCGAAGUGGGCUUCCCCACCCACACCAGCUCUCCAGAUCCGGGCUCACUGAGGAAAAGGGCCAGUUCCGAGGCAGACAAGCAGAAGUACAAGGCCUCCCCUCCUCCCAGCUACGACACGACCAUGGCCAUGGACCAGCCCCAGAGUGCACCGCCCGACCCCAACCCCUCCCCCAAGCACUUGUCCUCCUCCCUGGACUCUAGCAUUGACCUGGCCAAGACUCUGGAGGUUCAGGGACCAGCUCUGGGGGAGGGAGAAGGAGAAGUAGAAAGAGAGGUAAAGGAGGUUGUGGAGGAGCAACAGCCCUCCAGCACUACUACAGGAGGCUCAGAUUCCCCCACUCCGGCUGGAAGCACCACCAGUGAGCAAGUGGAGGAGGUGGCACCCACCAGCGAGCGGCAUGCAGACCAUACCAUGAACGGCUCAGUAGUGCCAGGCAAGGGGCUAAGGGGGCCCGCAACAGGGCUAAUGUUGACCAUGGCAUUAAACCCAGAGAUGUGCUGCUCAGUGGAGCAGGCAGAGGAGAUUAUGGGGACAGAGGCCACAGGCCUGGGUUUAGGGAUGGGCCUUGUGGAUGGGGCCAGGCUGGAGGACUACCCUUGCAUCCCCGUGGAGCACGCRGUGGCCGUGGAGUGUGACGAGCAGGUUCUGGGCGAGCUGGAUGCCGCCGGCUUCGAGGAGUUCUCCCGCCGCAUCUAUGCACUAAACGAGAACAUGUCCAGCUUCCGCAGGCCACGCAAGAACUCUGAGAAGUGAGGACAGGUGGGACCUUAGGGGUGAGGACAGGAGUCACAUGGCACAUGAGUCAGGGACAUGAACAUAGUGCAGGGAGGGGGUCCUGUGUGUCUGUUGGUGUGUUUGUCCCUCUCCACAAGCAGCAAUAGAAAAACAAACAUAGGCGCUACAUUAUCUGGAAUGAUGACCAAUUUGCACUUCUUCUCAAAAAAUAUUUCUAUAAUCCUUUAAAUGAAAUAAAGCGAAUGUUUGUGGUUGAAACGCUUUCCGAGCCUUCUUCUUUCAGGGUGCAUGGCAGUGUUGUGAGAUAGAGAGUGUGUGUGUGGUAACUACUCACAUAAAAUGCAUGCUUCCUUGAAGUAAGCAGUGAUCUAACAUGAGUGGGUUCAUGAAAGCUAUAGUGGAGUCCCUACUUGUACCUGUCCAGUCCUGCUAAAUCAGUAAUGACUUAAAGGGAAUGAGGAAGGAAAGGUUCAUUAGAACAGAGCCAAAGCCUUCAGCAUGGCUGACAGGGGAAAUGAGUUACAGCAAAGACCUAUCCCACCUCUGACCUCUGUCACCUAUUAGGAAACCGACCAGUCGGCCAGGGCAGCUUAGACCGUUGGCCCAAUCAGAUACUCCAUAACUGUUACACCUUGCACCUCCAGGUCCAUCAACCCCACCAGCCAUUGGACAGGGCUGCCCUGUCUCUGUCUCCAGGGGCCAUCACUGUUUUGUUCUGGUUGAGUACGAGAAAAGAAAAGAGAGGAGCGAAGCAGGCAGGCUUGAGCUCAUGGCACAUGGCAGGGAUACAGUGCAAUUUUUCUGUCUUUCUCCUCCAUACCUGCUUUCUCCUUAUUUUACUAUUUUAAUAAGCACCAUUGAUAUAAGUAUUCAUAUGAAGUCCAAUAAUCCAGAUAUUAUUCAAUAGACCAAAACAUGAAUGAUGUGUACUGUAUGCUGUUGAAAUGUUGCACUCAGGCCCUACAUAUUAAUGACACACAAUGACCUUUUUACAUUUUAGUCCGCUUAUCUAUUUUGUCCGCUUCUUUUUCUUUUCCCUGUUGAACUACUUUUUGUUUUCUUGCAUUGGUGUUCAUUGGCAACUAUGUGUGUUAUUUAUGUCUCUCACUGCGUUUGUUUGUUUGUUUGUUUGUUUUAAAGGAAAUCAUGGUUUCUUUUUUCCUCUCAUGGGCAGUCAGUCAUUCAUUGAUAUUGUCAAGUGUUAAUGGUCAUCAGCCCUGGGUUCAAAUCUUUCAAAUACGUACAUAUAAUCUGGAUCUAACUGUGUCCCCUGUGUAUUGCUCUGGAAAGGACCGCAGAGUUCCCUGUAGACAGAAGAUGAUAUGGACAACUGAUUUGCAUACUGCCCACCGUAUACAACAUAGAUGGACUCGCAACAAGCCCCCUAAAAACAUUUUUUUUMMGGGGGGGGGGUAUUAUGAUCAAGUACUGUGGUGGAUGACUGUUGAAAUGCAUUGUAUUUAAAAUGAGAGAUUAAACCAUUGUAGGUCAUUUCCAUUAAAUGCUAUACGGCAUGUGACCUUGUACAUAUACUUUUGUAUGGAGAGUUUUUUGUUAUUAAAGACUUACAGUCCAAUAGCAUGGAUGUAUGUAGCCCCGUUUA